GUCAUUCACAACCAAAAGCAAUGGCACGCACAGCACGCACAACAGCUCCAGGACCACAAGAGCAGAUCAAGGCGCUCGAGGCCAAGCUGACGUCGGCGCCGGCGGACCCGAACCCGCUGCUCGCGCUGCUCAGUCUCGCGCGGCACGGCGACGCUGCAGUGGUCCACAAGGCGACAUGGGCGCUGUACCGCGUCUUCGGGCUGCUCCUUGCUCAGGGCCGCGUGGGCGGCAUCACGGGGACGGGGACGGAUGAGAGCGCGGCGAGCGUGAGCUCGGGCGGCGCCCGCGAGGUCAAGGCGUGGGUGCGCGACCGGCUGCUCGAGUACGUCGCGGUGCUCGGCGGCCUGCUGCGCGACUCGGAGGCGGCGUUGAGGACCUCGGCCCUGUCCCUCCUCUUCGCGCUCCUCCAGCCCCUGUCCACCUCGGCCGGCGUGCCGAUCCACCUGGCCUACUUCCGCCUCCUUCUCCGCGCGCUCCUUUUCCCCGCGCCGUCGCAGCGCGGCUCGACGGCAAGCUCGUCGUCGAAGCGGCCGUCAGUCGUCGCUGCGAACCAGGUCGACGAGGAGGGUUUGCCCGCCGACGUGGCGGCCGCCGCCGUGGACGACUACUGGGCGAAGUACGACGACCUGCGGCUCUUCUUCUUCCGCGAAGUCGCCGCUGUCGUCGCCGCGGAGGAGGUCGACGCCGCCAACGUCCUCCAGCAGGUGUUCCCGCUCACCAACCUCCCCAAGCUUCCCGAGGACCUGAACGCCUUCUUUUUGCCCUCGCUCGCGAGCGUGCCGCAGGAGAAGAAGGCGGCGAAGAAGGCCAAGACGAAGAAGGGCAAGAAGGACGUCGAGAGCCUUCCAGACUGGAUGGCGACGUACGAGUCGGACGACGAGGAGGAGGAGGGCGAGAGCACCCUCGUGGGCGGAAAGCGCCAGCGCACGACGGCGCUCGGCACCGCCAAGGCCGUCCACUCGGUGCAGGCCCACACGGCAGCGUACACUGCGACGUGGGAGGCGAUCCUCUCCCACCUGGCGCUCGACGACAUGUGGACGCGCCGCAUCCUCGCCGGGCUGCACGGCGAGCGCGGCAUCCUGGCGCACAUGGCGCCCGCGCGGCGGGUCCGCAUCGCCGACUGGCUCGGCGGCACCGUCGACGGCGGCGGCGCGCACGCCAUGCUCGCCAUGAACGGGCUCUUUGUCCUCAUGACGGCGUACAACCUCGACUAUCCCCUCUUCUACAACCGCCUCUAUGCGCUUUUGGACGGCGAGGUGCUGCACGCGCGGUACAGGGCGCGUUUCUUCCGUCUCCUCGACACGUUUUUGCGUUCCCCGCUCCUGUCCGCGGCGCUCGUGGCGAGCUUCAUCAAGCGGCUCUCGCGGCUCGCGCUCGCCGCCCCGCCCGCCGGCGCGAUCCUCGUCAUUCCCUUCGUGUACAACCUCUUCAAGCGCCACCCCGGCACCAUGGCCAUGCUCCAGCGCCUGCCGGAGGACAUGCCCGACGGCGACCCGUACGACGAGAAGGAGACCGCGCCGAUCGCGACCCGCGCCCUCGAGAGCUCGGUGUGGGAGCUCGCGGCGCUCCAGAACCAUUAUCUUGCCAGCGUGGCCACGCUCGCCAAGAUCUUUGCAGAGCAGUUCACAAAACCAGAGUUCAACCUUGAAGACUUUUUGGACCAUGGAUACGCGACGCUGUUCGACACGGAAGCCGCGCGCAAGCUCAAGAACCCCCCCGCGCUCGCCGUUGCCCUCGAGCUCGGCCAGCCCGCAGACCUCGCACCACUCUUCCCCCAGGCCGGCGAGGCGGGCGAGCGCGACACCGUCAGCCAGCUUUGGGCCUUCUAAACACUUGUAUCAUCAUCAUGCACCUCGUCCCAUCCA